GUACUUACGCGCGUGUGGGAUUUGCUUACUAAUGUGCAUAAGAACUGCGUGCGCGCGUUUGAUAAAUACGGAUAUUCUUGUACUUAGGCACAUUGUAAUGUAGUAAUUUUCAUUAGGGAGAACACUGUCAUAUAAAGCAAUACCUAGCCUAUCUCAAGUAGUGACCCUCUGACACUAGCACUCUCUUCUAAUUCUACGAAAAAAAAUAAAAGGAAAAAAAAAACACUUGCACUUUCUUUUACCUUUUAAAGGCGUCUGCUAAAUGACUAAAUGUGAAUGUAGUGAAGAAUCGUGUGUUUUGGACCUGUAUGGUGUGUUGAGGGCCCACAGAAGGGUUCCUCCUCCUCCUCUCGACCUUUAAGCCACGAACUCUGCUUUCUCUUCGCUUUCCCGGGAAACCGAGCUGAAAAGAGGAGCCGAGAGAUAAAAGAAAUGUUUCGUCCGUUCCUGCAGAAGAGCCGUGGCGACCGACGGUGCGUUUAAGGACAUGUUUUCAUCACCGUUCGGUUUCUGUGAGGUGACUCAGAGCAGAUGAAGCCUCGUGUGAGAUGAUCAGGAUGAAGUCCACACGGAUCUUCAUGUUUUUAAUUUGUCCCAUCAUGGUGCUGAUAUUCCUGUACUACUCGUCCGGCAGACUGCACUUACGGAGCCCAGUCAAGAAAUCUCAGGCUGAUUUGGAUAGGUUACUCUCCGCGGGACGUGUAGUAGCUUCAGAGUACGACAAGCAGGGAUUCCUUACCAAGCUUGACAGAAAACUGCCUCUGGAGCUGCAGUAUAAAUAUGGUAACCUCAGUAAAGGCGAGUGUAAACCGGGUUACGCAGAGGCCAAGAUGACUUCAAUCUAUCCAAAGUUUUUAAAACCAGCCCCCAUGUUCCUCGAUCCAAAUUUCAAGAGGCUAUCAAAGAUCAGCAAUUACCUGCCUCCGUUUGGAGUAAGAACACAAGAAAAGAUCAUCGAUCAUAUUUUACAAGCUACAAAGAGUUAUUCACUGGGUUCAGAGCUGGACAGAUUAAGUUGUAAGAAGUGUAUUAUUAUUGGCAACGGAGGCAUUCUGUUCAACAAGUCCCUGGGCUCCCAAAUCGAUCAAUAUGAUGUUGUUGUACGACUGAACGAGGCUCCAGUCGCCGGGUUCGAGAAGGACGUCGGCUCGAAGACCACCAUGCGUAUCACGUACCCUGAAGGAGCCAUCCAGAGACCUGAGCGCUACGAGAAGAGCUCGCUUUUUGUCUUAUCUGCCUUUAAACUCAUGGACUUCAAAUGGCUGCGUCACAUGGUUUUCAAAGAAAAACUGCGGAGUAUGGAGGGAUUCUGGAAGUCCGUGGCACGUGUCGUUCCCAGAGAGCCAGAAGACAUACGGAUCCUGAACCCGUAUUUCAUCCAGGAAGCAGCCUUCAAAUUCAUUGGCCUUCCACACAACAAUGGCGUCAUGGGAAAAGGGAAUAUUCCUACAUUGGGGACUGUUGCGAUCACGAUGGCUCUCCAUAACUGUGAUGAGGUGGCGGUGGCCGGAUUCGGAUAUGACAUGAACACACCUCAUGCACCUCUGCACUACUAUGAGAAGCUCAUGAUGUCUGCAAUCAAAGAGUCAUGGACACACAACAUAUCCAAAGAGAAAGAGUUUCUCCGAAAGCUGGUGAAGGGGGGCGUUAUUCAGGACCUAACCAAUGGGAUCUGACGUCACGUUCCCCUCAAUCAGGGGAUAGAUAGUAUUCACCAUAUCACUGGUGACUGGCCUCCCAGCCGAUGGACUCGCACGAACGUCCAGAGAUGUUUGAGCCAAUCGCAUGAUGCAGCCGGAGGAAGUGACCUCACCUCAUAUGCUGGACGGUGUCCAUGGCAACCUCACCUCAAACAUGGCAAUGCUUCUUUUGAGAUGCCACGUUGGCGAGAAAGAGUCCGUCCCUGUGUGCCACGGCACCCGACAGAGACUGGAAACGUGCUGCUUUCUCCUGCUUUUUUAAUCCAUUGUAUUCAGUAUUUAUUAGACAGUAUUUUAAUCACCGUGGUUAAAAUUCUUUCUUUUUUAAGCUUAGUCAGCUUGAAUGCUUUAUUACUGUUCUCUUCAAUCUCAGGCUAUGCACAACAGCACACAACAAAUGAUUGUCACUGCUGAUUUUCUGCUGCUCUUCUGACGUGUGCCAUUAAACCAAUCAGCAUCCACUUGUUUCCUGCGCCUUGCACAUGUAUAUCCCUCUCUGUGUAUAACCAGAUCAUGAGAGCAGGCGGAUUAAAGUAUUAUCAAGGGUUCUACAUUCAGUCUGAAAUGGGCUUUUCAUUUGAGCUGUCAAUUAUUGUGUAAGGGGCCGUUCACACAGAACGCAUCUUUUCAUUUAAAUGCACUACUUUUCCAUUGUUUUUCAUUAGAUGGACAUGUACCGGAACGCCACUUUUUUAAGAUGCUGUGUCAAGUUAAAAGAAUUUCAACUUUUACAUGCAAAGGCGCUCAUCAAUGUCAGUUCCAAAACAGUGGGCCAAUCAGAAGACCCUGGAGGCGGGGCAAGCAUUGCAAGCUUUGGUUUACAGUAGCAAGUUGGCUUGGAAACUGUUGUAUUUGAUGGCAACGUGGCGGAAGAGGCGUUCUGCACUGUGCUUUUUUUUAAAACCAUUCCGGAACACUGCGUCUCACGUUUUAGAUGCAAAGAUCCAUUCUGUGUGAACGGCACCUAAUAAUGCAUAAGAACUGUAUGUUACAGUAGACCUUCAGAUCAGAUCAGUGCUGUGUUAGUAGCAAAUCACAUUUGUUGGUACCAAUACAAGUCAAAUUACUUGAUUCUCUAUACCAUUGUUGUAUAAAAUAAGUAUUUUAAUAAGUAAAUUAAAAUAAUGACAUGUCAAUAAAGUAAAUUUUAUUUCACAUUUUUGAAGUACUAGCUUUUAGUUUUUCUAGUUCUAUAGGGUGAUCGAUUUUAAUGGACCUAUUGUGAGCUACAAGGUUGUUAAUUGAUACAUUACCCAUGAUUCUGCAAAGAAAUCAAAAUAAUUUAAUAUAUCCCUGUUGAAAAAGCAGCAUAUGCUGGUUAGGGAUGUUUUGAAGCAUGGCUGCUGGUUUUAGCUGGUCAUGUGCUGGUCUUGAGCGGGAACUAGUUGCUUAGGACCAGCUUAAACCAGCUCAAACCAGCAGCCAUGCUUCAAAACAUCCCUAACCAGCAUAUGCUGCUUUUUUCAACAGUUUUCUCUUUAAAGCACUUUUAUGUAGAGUUUAUUUAUAGUAUAGCACUUUUAUUUAUAUAAUAGUUUUUAUAUAGCACUUGCAGAUUGUUUCAAAGCUGCUUCACAUUAAUAGAGGAAAAUAAGAAUGUUAAUGUUUGGUUAUGAAUCUCAUUUUAUCUAUAAGGCAGCUCUACAGAAAACAGUAGUGUUAUUCAGCUCAGGUCAGUUCAGUGUUGAUAGAGUUUGUUGAUACAAACUUAGUGUCAUUAUCUUGCUCAGUUUAGUUUAAAAUAGUCAAAAUCAGCUUGAUUAUAUCAUUCGCGAUGCUUCAUGGGAUUGUAGUUAUUUCCCUGAUUGGAGUCGUCAAGUACACAGUCUUGUAGUCUUUUGUCUGAUUUUCAAAUCAAAGUUUGUGUCACCUCAUGGUGGGUUGGGUUGGUUUGGUUCAUGGCUCAUAAUGAAGGCUUUUUCUAAAAAUCCCCUAUUGGAAUAAUAAU